AUGGCCAAACAAUUGGUUUACUUGAGAUUUCCAAUGGAUCGUCCUAAGGAAUCAUCGAAACAAAACGAACCUAUGUUGACAGGUAAAUGGGACAAAGAAAAAUUGGAUCAAUUAUAUGACAUCGUACAUCCGUACUUAUUCUCUGGCAGGAUUGAGUUUAAUUGGAAGAAGCUAGAACAGCAUUUUGGGGAAUCAGCAGACUCGAUCAAGCGUCAGGUAAUCCUACUGUCCCAUCUGGAUCAUUAUAUUGGCGAAACACCUUCAAGAAAGAAUAGUUUAGAGACGAACCAAGCUUCAUCAUUGAAUAAGACCCUACAGCAAUUAGAGACUCUAAAGUUAGAGGACGCUGCGGACCGAGAGACUUUGAUAAAUAAUCUACAGGCCGCAAAGCUAACUACAAUCAACAGUCAUGAUGAGCCUGAUAGGUCAGUUGCUCCAAGAGCCAAAGAGCCUAAAGAUGACAAUACAAACGCGGUUGAGCUCCUGCUACACCGAUCAAUAUUUUUGAGAAAACAACCUUCCGAUUAUACCGGCUCAUCGUCCAUGAUUUACUCCCAAUCUGGGGGAUUUAGUGAUGAGGAUCCAGAAUUGGUCACCGAUUCAAAUAAUCAUGACUAA